GCGGCCGUGACGUCAUGACAGUUGUUGGUUUGUUUGCCUAUCGAGCAGCCGCAAGCGCGAGCGAGCGACGGAGCGACGGAGCGACGUCAAGUCACCCAAAUUGAAAUUGGCCGAGUUUCGCUGUCCGUCGUUGCCCAGCAGAGGCCAAAAAAAAGAGGUGGACCGCUUCGACGCGUCGUACAAGCACGUCGAUGAUGUCUUUCCCGACGGGACAGGGAUGAAGAUGACAACAUGGCGAAUUGGGACACUACUGUGGCUUUGUCUGUCGCUCAUAUUUUGGUUUCCCGGCUGCCGUGUUGAAUGCGGAGAGCCAGACCAGGAGGCCCAAAGUUCACAGCCUUCGCAGGACGUCAUUUUGGAGGAAGAAUCGGGAGACGCUCGGCGUCAACACGAGGAUGACGAGAACUUGGCUCUGCCCUGGCAGUCCUCGUCCAAAAAUGAGCGUCAGAAAGAGGAGCAGCCUCCGCAGGCCACGGACACCCAUUCCAAGGACUCGGAGCUGGACGACCCCCCACCAGUAGAGGUCAACGAUGACCUUUCACCGCUUGAGACGGAGCGCGAGCGACACUUGGAAACGGAAAAACUUGACGCGCCCGCUGCUCAAGACCAAGAAUCAGUUGUCCUGAUUAUGUCUUCCGAUGCGGUCUACGAAUCGGGCGUCGAGGACAGUGACAGCCCGGGUAUUGUGGCGUCUAUUUCUGCAAAACUCUUAACUUGCUCGUGGCAUCUUAGUGCUUCAGGUGAUGAAGAGGAUGAAGCUCAUCCUGCGGCCCCCGACUCGGACUCGCCACCUGCCGAAUGUGAAGAAGAGGCAAAUCCUUUUGAUCGUGACACGCAGCGUCCUCCGGCAGUCUUGGAAAACAUGUCAAAUGCUCACACCACCGGUACCAAAACCCACAGUGAUCCUCCUCCCAGUGCACAAGAGGGCCGACGUCUGGAUGGGAACAGGUCGCACUCCCUGAACGAGCAAGACGUGAGCGCCGCGGUCACCGUGGACACGGAACCCAGCGUGAACGGCAAAGACCCAGAAGACAUCCCGACAUUUGAUGAGUGGAAACGGAAAAUGAUGGAGGUGGAGAAUGAAAAAACGUUGUCCGCGCACACUUCCACCAACGGGGGCUCCGGUGCGGUGAAGAAGGUCCAAAAAAACUUCAACAAUUACGCUUCCGUUGAGUGCGGCGCAAAGAUCCUGGGGGCUAAUCCAGAAGCGAAGAGCACGUCAGCCAUACUGAAGGAGAAUAUGGACCUGUACAUGCUAAACCCUUGCAGUAACAAAAUCUGGUUCAUCAUUGAGCUCUGUGAGCCCGUUCAGGUGAAGCAGUUGGAUAUUGCCAAUUUUGAGCUCUUUUCGUCGACGCCCAAAGACUUUCUGGUCUCUAUCAGUGACAGAUAUCCCACCAACAAAUGGCUCAAGUUGGGAACCUUUCACGGCCGAGACGAACGCACCGUCCAAAGCUUCCCAUUGGAUGAGCAGCUUUAUGCGAAAUAUGUGAAGAUGUUCACCAAGUACAUAAAGGUCGAGCUGCUCUCUCACUUUGGCUCUGAGCAUUUUUGCCCGCUCAGUCUCAUGAGAGUUUUUGGGACGAGCAUGGUGGAAGAGUAUGAAGAAAUAGCUGAGCCUUCUGAAAGACCAGAAGAUCCGGAUGAUGACUUGGAUCACGCAUCCGGGCUUGGACCCGGUGAAGUCAAGUAUUCCAAGAAUCUGAUUGGCUCGGCUAAGGAUGUCAUUUUGAACAUGGUCAAUAAUAUCGCCGUAAAUGUUCUCGGUGGCAACUCUGAAAUGCAAGGAAACCUUUCAUCCCAGGACGUGAGCGCGAAGGGGCCUGAUUUUAACGAAACGACGACCCAAACUCCCGUCACAGCCCCGUCCGGCGCUUCAGAUUUGGAAGAGGCAAGCGUGUCAGCGGACCCAGACAUCACGGAAACCGCCGCCCCGUCCCCAACAACUGCGGCCCCCGAACUUCCAGCAACCGACGAUCGCGUCCCGCGGCCUCCCCCGCCGGAUCAACAAAUUGUCAUUCCUCUGGAGCCGGAGGAAGAAGAACCGAUCGGCUCGACAGUCACACUUUUGGAUGGAGACGACGAGUCGGAAGGGGAGAAGCAGCACGUGGAUGAGAAUGAAGCAGCAAAUGUUGACCCGGGCACGCUUCUUCCCGUCUUUGCUUCUUGUUCGUGUGCAAGCUCCCUCCAGGAGUAUCUGCAGCGGCAGUGUUUGGCGCUGCUCUCCAAAAAGCGCAAAUGCCCACCCGCGGACAAGGAGCAAAUUGCUCCUUCCGUCCACACUCCCACUUGGCUCCCACCCGCGCCCUCCUCUGCCCGUCCUGAACCCGAGCAGGAACACAGCGAGCCGCAUCCGCCCCACGAAAGGCAACAACUUCCUGGGGGGGAGCCGGAAAGCGAAGCACCUCAGCCUCGGGAGAAGACCGAAGUCCAAUCUCAUUCUGACUCGAUGUCCGAACCGCCUCCCCUGGAGCCCAGUCAAACUGACUCAUCUUCUGCCAACCCCGCCAUUGUCGAGACCCCCCGGCUUUCUUCCGAGGCUCCAGCGGUGGCACAAAGCUCAGAAGCGAGCCGAGAUUCGCCGGCCGUGGAGACGACCACGGAGGCUUUACCGCCUCUCAGUAGCGCAGUCGGCGUCGGACCCGCAGCGGAAGAUGGCAAAGUGGCAGCGACACAAGUAAAAGCCAGCAUAGUGUUCAGUGACUCCAUCCCGAAGCCUGACGUGACGGGUGAGUCCCGGACCGCUUCUCCCCCGGUGGAACCGUCCCCCGACCCGGCAGCUCCUUUUGACGGUCUCCCUCUUCCCACUGAGCCAUCCCAGCCCACGAUGCACCCGCCCGUCGAACUUGAGCCCUCCAGUAGCGCCGCGGUCGUCUCAACCGACCUGACAGAAGAGGUCUCUACCCCUGCCGCCUUCCCCCCUUUGCCUUCGACAUCCCCCUCACCGUACCUGUCCGACAUCUACGCGGACCCUCCGAACGGCACCGAACCGAACGGCAGCCCGGUGCACGGCUCCAGCCAGAAGGAGUCGGUCUUCAUGCGACUCAACAACCGCAUCAAGGCCCUCGAGAUGAACAUGUCGCUCAGCGGCCGCUAUCUGGAGCAGCUCAGCCAGAGAUAUCGCAAGCAGAUGGAGGAGAUGCAGAAGGCUUUCAACAAAACGAUUAUUAAGCUUCAGAAUACCUCCAGAAUUGCGGCGGAGCAGGAUCAGCGUCAGACGGACUCCAUUCAGUUGCUGCACGGCCAGCUGGAGAACGUCACUCAAAUGGUUCUGAACCUGUCGGUCCAAGUCAGCCAGCUGCAGAAUGAGGUGUCCGACCGGCACACGUACGUGCUGCUGUGCCUGCUGCUGGGUCUGUGUUUCGGGCUGGCGCUGUUUGCCAACCGCUGCCGCAUCUCCAUCACGCCUCCGCACGCCGAGCCGCAGCCGCCCACGGCGAACAGCUACAGCUACUGCUGUCCCGAGAGAAAUUUCACCUCCGGUGACGACUGCAGUUUGAAGAGGAGCGCAUCGUACCCGCUAAUCGGCUCCGUCCAGUUAGUGCCCACUAAAGGUCCUGAAAGUCUUCAUCCCGAGGAGAGCCAAGCUAACCGAAAGAAAAGACGACACGAGCUGAAAGCGGAGUCGCUGACGUCCUCCCGCGCCCCUCCGCCGGCCUGCAAAGGAGCCGCCGUAUGGAACGGCGUUCCCGUCGCGACAAAGCCCGCCUCCCUGACGAGGAGGCUCCUCCCCCCCGCCUUCCGAGACUCUCCGUCUUCGGGCAGCUCGGAGGCGUCUUCCCACUCGGACGAAGCGUCCUUCUGCGGAAUCGCCGCCGCCUGCUCUCGGAUAUGCGACGGUCUGCCCCUGGCCGAGACCCGAGCAGAGAAAAGGGCGUUAAGACGCAGGCGCGCCAAGCCCACUUGUGCCGUGGUGGACUUCCUUCAGGUCCCGCUCGCAGACAAAAGCAACACCUUGUCCAUAUCUGCCACACAGGACAUCAUGAACAUGAAGUCAAAGCAAAGCUCCGGGACUUUUGGACUCAAAAUCCCUCUCUCAGGACCCGUCUGACAUGGAAAGUGGACACAGACUGCAAGUUUGCACUCGUGGCUAAAGUCAUUGUUCAAAAAGCUCGACUGAUGACGUCACUUCCCGUUGAAGGGAAAAAAAAAAAAAAAAAAAAGGUGACUGCCAUCAAUUCUACUGUUUGUUUGUUUCGUCCUUCGUCCAACGUUUACAGUUGAAGCCAGAAAUUUACAUCCACUGAGCAAAAAGACACGAUCUGAAGUCAAAUCAGACUGGGAAAAAAAAGACAAAGAUCUUGAGUUUUGGAGACAAAGUUGUUUGGCCGGAAUGAGCAACGUGACAUCUGGAGGGAAAAGGGGGAAGCUGGCAGCGCUGAGGACACCGUCCCAACUGUGAAGCACGGAGCUGGCGGCAUCAUGUCGUGGCUCCGUUUUGCUGCAACGGCGGGAACUCCGCGGAGCUCGGCAUCGUGAAGACAGAAACAUAACAAUCUUCUGUGAUGAAUGAAUUAUUCCUUCUCAUUGUUGUGGCAUUUAGGAAAAAUUCAACCAUUUUGGUGACCCGGACUGACCUGUGAAACGGGUUUAGUCCGAAUGGACUUCAGUGAGACAAAAAACUGAAAUGAGUUUUUUGCACUGUGUAUACAAACUUUUGGCUUCGGCUGAAGUCUUUCAAACUUUUGCAAGUUGUUUUAGAUUAAAAAAAAAAAAAAAGUUAAACAUGAAGAACACGCAAUGCGUGACAUCGAGUCACUUUUUUGGUCAAACCAACUGAAAAAUAAAUAGCGAUGAUUCAUACUUGUGGAAAAUAAUUAACCAUACUCUUUAAUCAAUACUGCAACUGAUGACAUUUGGAAAUCAUAUUUAUUUAUUUGGGAAAAAGCAAAGAAGUGAGAUUUGAAAUCAUCUCAUCUGCACAAUUCUUUUAAAAUAAUUUUCAAGUCUUUUUAAAAAACAUUACAGAGUGCUGUGCAGUUCACAAUCAAACAAAACAAUUUAAGGGUAUUAAAAUAGUAACUGAAAAAAAUUACAGGUAGAUAAGUGACACAGCUUCUCUGCAAAUAUGGACAUUGAAAAGUAAAUCUGAUUAUGGACUGUUUGCGGCUUCAUGUAUUUAUAGGAUGCCAAUUUCCAUAAGUCGUGAGAAAAUAGCAAAAACAAUCUCAAGCGCAAGUGACGACCUGAAAAAGCAAAGUACGAGUGUCCAUUGAAAUCUUUCCGCUAGGGAGCGCUGUCGGGUAACGGAGAACUUUCACCCGCAACUCAAGUUCGACCGAACUUUGGUGUCGAUGUGUGCCCUGCGACUGACAGGCGACCAGUCCAGGGAGUGGUUAAGUUAAUUGGGAUGGGCUUCGGCACUCCCACGACCCUUGUUGGGAUGAGCGGCUUGGAAAAUGGAUGAAAGCGCGGAUGGAUGGAUGGAGGUAGGUAGGUAGGGAGAGGGCUCCCGUAGUCUCCGUUCAU